CGCGCGCAAGCCCGUGUGUACGUUCGUCGACGCCGCCGCUAAUAAACGUUUCGCGUGCGCCGCUGUGUGUGCUGUGUCCCGCCGCUGCCGCCGAUCCUUACGCGAAAAAGAGCAUGCGCGCAACCCAGGACGACAAUAAUAAUAUUAUAUAGAUCGUGGCCGGAGCAGGACGACGACGCCGAAGACGAUUUUUUUCACUUCAUCCUUAUCAUCACUUUCGCUUCGUUUUUUUUUCCGUUGCCCACUGCCGCCACGGCCGUUGAUAUUAUAAAUUCAGUGCGUUUUCGGACUUCCGGACCCAAAACCCGCGACAUUGCAGUAAACAUCCUUCGCCAGAACACCACAUAAUACUUCCCCGAAGUCGUAAUAGUAAUCCGCAACAUCACGGCCGUCACGCAUUUAGCCGCUUUCUAUCGCGAGUCCACUGCCAGCGGUUUCCUGUCGACCGCGCCAAACGUGUUACAGUAGUCCGAACCAUUCCUACUCCAGCAGCAGCAGCAGCAGCAGCAGCAAUAGAAUCGUUGUCGAUGACACCCACGCCUUCGCUACCGAAAGACUUCAACUAGUGACACGCAAUCGUUGCACGCGAAUCACUUGUACAACGCGUCGCAUUGGCAGCCCUGAUGGGCGUGUUUGAAGACCUGGCCAAUCAGAAACCCGGAAUGCAUUGGCAGCAUGACCGCCAUCACACCAUGCUGGCCAAUCCGUACGACCCGUCUAGGGACCUGAGCCCGAACCUGCCGACCACGUCGUGCCGCGGCCAGGAUCUGACCAACGUGUUCGGCGUCGUCGGCGUGGUCGGCGGCGGCAGUGGCGUGCACGGACAGUGUUGCACGUUCAAGUCCGAGUUCGACGACGACUGCGCCACCUCCGACUGCUGCAGCAAAGUGUCUCCGCCGCCGCCGCCGCCUCCGAUUUCCGUCUUGGGACGUGACGAUUACCGCGGCGGUCCGCUGCAAGCCGUCCCGUGCAAACAGGAACUCGACACUGGCCACGGUCUGGGAUCGUCGCCCGCCGGACACCAUCACAAUCACCAGCUACUACACCACCAUCAUCACCAUCAUCUGGGCGAUGGCUACGGGUCGCCGCCGGAACCGUCAUCGUCACCACCGCCACCGGGUCACAUGACGUCUUACGGCGGCGGCGGCGCUUACGAGUCGUCGCCACCCGCCGCCGACAUGAUGGUCCGGCCGAAACGGGAAAAGGCCGAGGUGAACCUGUGCGACGGGUGCGGUUUGAAAAUCCUCGACCGUUACUAUCUGUUCGCGGUGGACAAGAGAUGGCACGCCACGUGUCUACAGUGUUCCCAGUGCGCUCGGACCCUGGCCACCGAAAUCAAAUGUUUUUACCGGGACGGAAACAUAUACUGCAAAGCCGAUUACCAAAGGUUGUACGGCAUACGGCGGUGCGGCCGGUGCCAGGCGGCCAUCUCGCCGUCGGAGCUGGUGAUGCGCGCCAGGGACACGGUUUUCCACGUGCCGUGUUUCAGUUGCACCGUCUGCUUGGCGGUGCUGACCAAGGGCGAUCAGUUCGGCAUGCGCGACGGCGCGGUGUUUUGCCAGCACCAUUACCAGCAGUUCGGGCCGCCGUCCGCGUCGCUGCAAGCUCAACAGCAACAGUCGCCGCUGCCGAGGACCAUCAUGCCGCCGUCGAUGACGCCCGUCCAGUCGCCGUACCCGUCGUCUCGGGCGCUCGAGUCGCCCGCACCCGGUGCCGGUUCGUUCUUCAACGGCGGUCCGGCGGCGACCGGUGGCGGUGGCGCGCCCGCCGUUCCCGCGCCCGCUCAACCCCGGCAGAAGGGCCGUCCCAGGAAGCGCAAACCCAAAGACUUGGACGCCAUGGCCGUCAAUAUGGACAUGAACUCCAGUGAUUCGUACAACAUGGAAAUGGCGUUCGGCCCAGGCGGCUUGUCGUCCGGUGCGGGCGGUAACGGCGGUCCCGGGUCCGGUCACCAGCGGACGAAACGCAUGCGCACGUCGUUCAAGCACCACCAACUGCGCACCAUGAAGUCGUACUUCCAUCACAACCACAACCCCGACGCCAAGGAUCUCAAACAACUCUCGCAAAAGACCGGCCUUCCCAAACGGGUGUUACAGGUUUGGUUUCAAAACGCUCGAGCCAAGUACAGGCGGACGGCUACCAAACAAGACGGGGGUCUAGGAUCGUUGGCGCCGCCGUCGAUAAAACCGGACAAAAGCUGUUCGGAAAGCUCGACGGGCUCGACCGGCAUCGAAGCGGUUAUGUUCCACCAACAGCAGCAGCAGCAGCAGCAACAACAACAGCAGCAACAGCACCACGCUAUGCAGAUGAGCCCCAGGAGCUAUUUGAGCACAUCGUCACCGAUGGAAUGCGGGUCGUAGAGAAUUAUCGUAAAGAAUAUAGAAUAUUAUCAUCUGACGUUUCCUUUAUCAUAGUAUAUCAUAUUAUUAUACAGAUGCAUUAUAGAAUAUUGUAUGUAACUCAUGUGUAUAUAUAGGGGGGGGGAUUACAAAUGAAGUAAUAUAUUAUAAUUAUAUAAACGUCGGUGUUUAUGAAAAAAAAAAUGUAUGAACAGCGAAAAGCCAGUUUUGUAUACGUGCAAUAUUUUCAAAACAUAUAUAAGUAAUUUAAGUUGUUGUUUUUUUUUUUUUUUUAAUUAAAUAUUUAUAUUGUUGAAAGUAUAACGGUUUGAAAAAAAAAUAAUGAGAGAAAAAAAAUACUAUUAGUCUUUAGUAACGAUGUUCGAGAGUAGUAUAUAUAUAUAUAAAAUACAUACUUAAUAAGCGUAACUUGUAUAAAUCGAUGUUGUCCUUACUUCCCUUGUGUCUAUACAUAUACUUUGUAAAACAUGUACAUUUCUCUUAAAUAAAAAACAUUGUGGUGACAUUUUAAUAA